AGGCACACACAACAUUUGGGAUUAGUGUGAGUCUAAAAGCAAGCGAGGAACUCUGAUUUAAUCAAAAUUUGGGUGAAAGGAGGACUGUUUUUUUAAUCCUUAUUAUAUGAAGGAUUCUCAGCAUUGAUCAGAGCAUUAGCCAGAGUAACAUUUUGUGCUGGGUUUGGAGUUUGGACAGGUGCUGGAUGAAGAUGAGGAUGUUGUUUUUUUGCAGUCUGCUUUUCCUGAUGGGAGGAGAUGUUCUCCUGGCCUGCUCUCUGAAUAACUACACGCUGUUCGUGGAGAGACACGAGUGCGGUCACUGCAUGGCCAUUAACACCACCAUGUGCAGCGGAAUGUGCUUCACGCAGGACACGAACGUGAGAGGAUUUGUGGGCAAGCGCUUCCUGAUUCAAAAAGGAUGCAUGCAUCGUUCUGUGGUCUAUCUUUCUGCCAGGAUGCCCGGCUGUCCCGUCCACAUUGACCCACUCUUCUUUUACCCGGUGGCACACCAGUGCCGCUGCACGAAAUGCAACACUUCCAAGAACGAGUGUGUCUACAAGCCAAGUCACAUUCCCAGCAAAUGCUCCGAACAACUGCGUGCAGUCUGAGAAUAAAGAACGAGGAUCUUCCCUCCUCACUAUAAGAUUUUUUUCUGAUAACCUUUGUUUUCUAAUGUUCUGAGUGUUCUGUUAGAAAGUGUUUUUGAAUUCAGGUAUAAACAAAACGGUUGGUUUUAAAACAACGCUAUAUAUAUAUAAAUUAUAUUUAUAGUGUCUUGAUGAAUGAGUGAAUAUUGCAGGUGACAGAAAGUCUUUGUUCUGGAUCUUUUUCAUUAUAAAUUUCUGCAUUAACCUC